CCGCUACAGACCAGAAAGCAGCCGGAAGCGAGAGCGAAAGCCGAAAGCGCCUCGAGACGCGCCGUGCUCUCCACUACGGCAGCUCUCCACUUCACACUCUGCUGUGCUCCGCAUCCUCCAAACCGGCGCCCCAAAGUCGUCCGAGCCCAAUGGCGGGAGCCUCGCCUCCCUCCCUCCACCUCGCCCUCCUCCUCUUCGCUGCCCACGCGGCCGUCGGCGGCGCCGCGGGGGCGGUCGGGGUGAGCGGCGGCGGGCAGCUGUGGUGCGUGGCGAAGAACAACGCCGAGGAUGGCGCGCUGCAGUCGGCCAUCGACUGGGCCUGCGGCCCCAACGGCGGCGCCGACUGCCGCGCCAUCCAGCAGGGCGGCGCCUGCUACCAGCCGCCCGACCUCCUGGCGCACGCCUCCUACGCCUUCAACGACUACUUCCUCCGAUCCGGCGGCGCCGCCAGCCCCGCCGCCUGCGACUUCUCCGGCGCCGCCGCGCUCAUCGGCCUCAACCCUAGUCAUGGAAACUGCGUAUUUCCUUCCAGGAACUGACUGUUUCAUUUCAAAAUUGUCAAGAACCAACAUAGCAGUAUGUGUGUUAGACUGUCGGAGGGUCGUGUUUUGCAAGUAUAACCCACAUCAUUGUGAGACACAACUUGAGCUCAGUACUGCAGAUUGAACACCAAAAUCUCUAGAAAAUAUAACUUCUGAUAAGUGCACUAUAGACAAAUACUGUAGUCAAUUGUGCAUCAGAAGGGCAAAUCGGAUGAUUCUAUAUGAGUUAUCUUUUGCAAGCAUCAACUAAUUGCCAGGUUUUACCAAAUCUCUGUAUCAGCCAGUACAUGUAAUAUAUGACGUUUUGUGUGGCUGAGACUAGAUUCAGAAUGAUCUAUGAUUUACAUUCAUGUCUACAUGUAGUUAUACACAUAAUUAGUCGUAGAUAAAUUUUACCAGUCAUAGACAUCCACUAUACCACUAUGGUGAGGUAUUAAUUGUAGUUCUGUAGCUAGACACUUACCCAAAGUUCUGGAGGUUCUUUCAAAGUGAUCAACAUAUCUGUUGAAUGGAAUGGAAGAAGGGAAAAAAUUCGGUCCGUUAUUGAAGAUACACACUUUAGAUUCAGCUUACGGUUAUUGUGUUGUGCUUGUUUUCAAAGCUGCUGCGGGAAGAAAGGCCUAUUCCGGCCAUCAGUUAAUCGGUAUGACAAGCCGAUUCAUCGGUUGUCAGGCUGAAUUAUCAGCUGGGCCGAUUAACUGGGCAGCAUAUUUUGGCCCAAAACUACUCUCCUAUACGAAGAAUGUACAAGUAGUACUGUUGCUGUGCUGCUCUCCUUUGAUGUUAGAUAGUGAUGUACAAUUACUACUGUUGCAUUGUUGUUCUUGUCGCUGCUCUUCUAUGUAUAUCUAGACAUCAUCAGAGCAUCAAGGUAACCUAUCGAUAAAUGGGUUACCGAUAUAUUCAGUUAAAUGGCCGAUUCACCGAUUAAUCCCUUAUCAGCCCCUGACCGAUGUGGUACUAGUUACCGAUAUCUUGAAUAGUGGCAAUACUAUAUCCCUCGUUGAAACUGGGUCAUGACUCAUGAGAAAAGGAAGUUAGCCAAACACCCGAAUAUCUAAAAGCAUCUUGACCAACAUGAUUGUCAUACUCCCCCCGAGCCAAGAGUCACGAUAAUGCAGCCACUUUGCCAUUUCAGUUCUUAGAAAUUGGAUCAUGGAAAAAAACUUUUUUGAGCUACAUUUUGUUUGAUAUGUCAAGUCUCUGCGGAACCAUUAACCCCAUACUUGUCACA